CACAUUAACCAGAAGAAGCGAGGGCAUACCCUCUGUGUGGUAUUUGAAGCUCUUCAGCUCUUCAUCACCCCUGUGACCAUUUCUGUAAUGACUCUUGUUUCCCUCUAGGUGGCGGCAGAGUGGACUUUGAGGACUUUGUGGAGCUGAUGGGUCCUAAAAUGUUGGCAGAGACAGCAGACAUGAUUGGAGUGAAGGAGCUCAGGGAUGCUUUCAAAGAAUUUGACUCUAACGGGGACGGUCAGAUAAGCCUGGCUGAACUGAAGGAGGCCAUGAAAAAGCUGGUGGGGGAGCAGCUCAACCAACCAGAGAUCGACGAGAUCCUCCGAGAUGUCGACCUCAACGGGGAUGGCUUGCUCGACUUUGAGGAGUUUGUCAGGAUGAUGUCUCGCUGAUUCUCCUGGCCAGAAGACCACGUUGACAUGACUUUAAGAGAUUAGUAAACAACAUAACCUCCUCUGUUAGAUGUUAUGGUCCAAUCCUCAGUAUGUUGUUGUACAUGUACAGUAUUAUUGAUGUACAAAUAUUUCAUGUUGUUAGGGUAUUUGUUAGUACUUAUUUUCAUUGCUAUAGCAACAAUCCCUAAUAAUACAGUAUGUAUUUUUUUGUUAUAUAACUAAUAUUACAAUAAUACUUUUAUUUGUAAAGUGCUUUUCAUGCAUUAUGUUUAAAGUGCUACACUAUGUUAUCAGUUAACAAACAUGGAUUUAUUGAUAGAUUAUACAUCAUGUUUUAUUAAAGAGGAGAGUAAUGGUCUGAUUAUAUAAUACUGAUGUUGACAUUAUCAGUAGAAUUAGAAUAAAUGUUCAUUCAAAUCGUUUAAUUUAUUUAAUUUGUUUUCUUUCAAAUGAACUUGGUGACCAUUUUUUUAUUUUUUAUUUAAUGACAAAUGUUGAACCAUACAUCCUUGUUAGUUUGAUGUUUAGUAGAGUAAUCAUAUAAUUUGUUUUUUCUACAAUAAAAGAAAGCUGAGAUUGUAUGUACUGUAUAUACUUAAUAUGACUUAAUAAGACAUUCUUCACAUUUGACAAAUCUGAGACAAAUAACAUAAACAAGAGAAUAAUUCAGUUGUUACAUGAUGGAAAUGAAUAGUAGCCCUCAAUACAAUGUAACUACCUACAGUAGCCCUCAAUUCAAUGUAACUACCUACAGUAGCCCUCAAUACAAUGUAACUACCUACAGUAGCCCUCAAUACAAUGUAACUACCUACAGUAGCCCUCAAUACAAUGUAACUACCUACAGUAGCCCUCAAUAUAAUGUAACUACCUACAGUAUCCCUCAAUACAAUGUAACUACAGUAGCCCUCAAUACAAUGUAACUACAGUAGCCCUCAAUACAAUGUACCUACAGUAGCCCUCAAUACAAUGUAACUACAGUAGCCCUCAAUAUAAUGUAACUACAGUAUCCUCAAUACAAUGU